CGGCAGGCUCGGCGGGCAGUAUAAAUGGCCAGCGGACAGGGCGAUAAAGCUUAGUGCGAGUGGACGAGCAGUGAGCCAGCGGACUGCCGAAACAUUUUCACGGUGAAGAUGGCUGGAGCUCUACAGGUGGAUGGGGUGCGUCUGUACCCGCUGGAGAACUCCAGGCGCCACCACACCGAUCGCUUCGAGAUGGUGCACGCCGAGAAGCCCAGUGUGAUUCUGCGGCGCGGCCAGGAAUUCGACCUCAUGGUCAUGUUCAGGGACCGCAACUACGACGUCGUCAGGGACACGCUGCAGAUCGUUUUCACCUACGGUGAGCUCGCGGUGACUCACGCAUCCAUUGGCUACAUGCUGGUUUGCGACCUCGUGGUAAUGUUCAGGGACCGCAACUACGACGUCGUCAGGGAUACGCUGCAGAUCGUCUUCACCUACGGACUCACGCAUCCAUUGGCUAGCAUGCUGGUUUGCGACCUCGUGGUAAUGUUCAGGGACCGCAACUACGACGUCGUCAGGGACACGCUGCAGAUCGUUUUCACCUACGGGCCGAAGCCGGACCCGCUGCUGGGAACGGGCAAGGUCACGCUGACUGGCAGCACCACCUACCACAAGGAAGCCUGGGACGUGAGGCUCGUCACCAAGGACACCAAGUCCAUCAAGCUGGAGGUACGCAGCCCUCCGCAAGCAGCGGUUGGAGAGUGGAGACUGCGCAUUGAGACCAAGCUGAAGACGAACCCUAGAGCCAAACCCAACGUGUUCCACUACCCAGAAAACAUCUACUUGCUUUUCAACCCAUGGCAUAAGGGCGACCUGGUGUACAUGGAGGACAAGCGGCUGCUGGACGAGUACGUGCUCAACGACCUGGGCAAGAUCUGGGUCGGCCCGUACGGCACGUGCCGCGGCCGCGAGUGGGUGUUCGGCCAGUUCGACGACUGCGUGCUGCCCGCCGCCAUGAUGAUGCUGGACCGCGCCAUGGGCUCCGCGCCCGUCAGCCGCGCCGACCCCAUCCGGGUCACCAGAGCGCUCUCGCGGAUCGUGAACUCGAACGACGAGGACGCGGCCAUGUCGGGCGUGCUGGCGGGCAACUGGAGCGGCGAGUACGAGGACGGCACGGCGCCCGCCGCCUGGACAGGUUCAGUGGGCAUCCUGGAGGAGUACCUGACCACUGGUCAGGAGGUCAAGUACGGCCAGUGCUGGGUGUUCGCCGGGGUCCUCACCACAGUGUGCCGCGCCCUCGGCAUCCCUUCUCGCGUGGUGUCCAACCUGGUGUCGGCGCACGACGCCAACGUCUCGCUCACCGUGGACCGCUACUACGACGUGGAGAACGAGGAGCUGCCCUUCAACCCGUUCUACGAGGGCGACGACUCCAUCUGGAACUACCACGUGUGGAACGAGGCGUGGAUGGUGCGCCCCGACCUGCCCAAGGGCUACGGCGGCUGGCAGGCGAUCGACGCGACGCCGCAGGAGACAAGCGACGGAUUUUUCCAGUGUGGUCCGACAUCGGUGGAAGCCAUCAAGUGCGGGGCAGUUGGAUUCAACUACGACGUGCCCUUCAUGCUGGCCUCCGUGAACGCCGAUCUGAUACGCUGGAAAGUGGAUCCGGACUCCGAUCAGUCGUAUACGAAGAUAUACACCAACAAGUACCACAUUGGGAAAAUGAUCUACACCAAGCAUCCCUGGAUUUUCGAUCCAAAUGGAGACACUGACAGAGAAGAUGUCACUAGAAACUACAAAGCAGAGGAAGGAACACCAAUGGAACGCCUUUCUCUCAUGAAUGCUGUUAGAAAUCUGACACGGGCCAAAGAGGUCUUCGAGAUACCUAGCGUCUCCAGGGAGGACAUGGUGUUUGAACUCGUAGACCUUGAAAAAAUUAAAAUCGGGGAGGACUUCAGUGUUGUAGUGAACAUCGAGAACAAGUCCAGCGAGGUAAGGAAAGUUAAGGCUGCUCUUUCUGCAGCGAGUGUCUUCUAUACUGGAAUAAAGGCCAACGUGGUGAAAUCUGCUUCCAACACUUUCAAGAUCCAGCCGAACAACAAGGAACAAUUGAAGUUGAGGGUGAAGGCGGACGAGUACUUGGACAAGCUGGUGGAGUACUGCCUCAUGAAGAUAUACGCCAUCGUGUCUGUCGAAGAGACCAACGAGACGUGGGCUGACGAGGACGAUUUCGAGGUCAUGAAGCCAAAGUUGAACAUUCAGGUAGAUAAAGAGAUACCAGUCAAUGUUCCUGUGACGGUAGUCUUUAGUUUCACCAACCCUUUGAAGAAAGAACUUGAGAAAUGCUUUUUCAAGUACGAAAGUCCGGGUGUCUCGAAACCUCAAACUUUCCCCUACAGGAACAUCUCGGCGGGAGAGACGGUGAUGGUCCAGCACAGCUUCACGCCCAAGGUGGCCGGCGAGAUGAAGCUGGUGGGCAGCUUCGCCUCCAGGCAGCUGGUCGACGUCACCGGCUCGGCGGUCGUCGAGGUCUACUGACGGCCGACCGCAGACCCGUCGACGGCUGCGGCCCUCGAGACCCUCCCCAGAGCGCGCCCUGGCUGCAGUCGAACCACGCUCAUCACGAACGUAGAGUAGAACUUUCUCACUGAAGUCUAUUAGUUUUUCAAUUCGUACGUGCACGUUAUAGGUUAUAGUUUUACACGUCAUAAACACCCUGUUUAAAGUUUACUAUCAUAUAUCCUAGUUAUUUAUUAUAUUUAUAUAUUAAUAAUUAUAAUCAAAAACACUUUCAGUAAGUUAAAAAUAGUAUUAUCUCUUACUAGAAUGUAUGUUAUUUUUGUCAAAAGGAUGUUACUUUAAAGAUAAGAUCACUUUGGAAUAUUUUAAAAUUGUGUAUUGUAAUAAUUUAUGUUUUGAGAUAGAUUUUGUUGUUAUACGAUAUAUUUGAUAGUGGCUUAGUUAUUUAUUAAUUUUAAAUUAUUAUAACAUAUAUUUUAGUUCUAUUUAUUGAGAUUGUUAAUUUUUUAAUUUGCUUCAAAUCAGAAUUAGUUUUUGAUGAUGUUGUUAAAAAAAUUAAGAAUUAUUACAGCUUUAAAUUAUUGUAAAAUAAAUAUUAUCUGUGAGUCCACGCUAGGGGAUAAACAAAUUACGAAAUUUUUAUUUUUUCUUAGUUAACCAAUGUUAUGUAAAGCCAUAAAUGAGUAAUAAACGUAGAUUCUCACGUUUCA